AUGGUUCCCAUAACAGCCAAUGGCGUGGCACAGAAGAAAGCACCUAAGCCUGCUCAAGACACCUAUGCAGAAGAUGUGAUGGUGGAUAUUCCUGACACUCCAGAUUCUCGAUUUAGCUGGUUGAAGCUAUGGAGGUUCACCGGGCCAGGCUUCUUAAUGAGUAUUGCCUAUCUUGAUCCG